CAGCACUCGCUGGACAUGGCAGCUGUGUUCAUCCUGGCCUACCUGUUCAUCUUCCUGCUGUGCAUGAUGGGAAAUGGUGUGGUGUGUCUCAUAGUGCUGAGGAACCGGUGCAUGUGGACGGUCACCAACAUCUUUAUCCUCAACCUCUCCAUCAGCGAUCUGCUCAUAGGGAUCUUCUGCAUUCCUACGACCUUAGUGGACAACCUCAUCACAGGUUGGCCCUUCAGCAAUGUGAUAUGCAAGCUGAGCGGUCUUGUUCAAGGAAUGUCUGUCUGUGCCUCAGUCUUCACACUGGUGGCUAUUGCAGUUGAUAGGUUCCGUUGCAUAGUUUACCCUUUCAAGCCCAAACUCACGCUUUUUGUUGCUAAGGCAACCAUUGGGACGAUAUGGGUAUUGGCUCUGGUCAUAAUGUUCCCCUCGGUCCUGAUGUUGACAGUCGAGCAAGAGAGAGGCCACUUCAUGAUCCACAACAACAACUACAACCUGUCUUACCCACUGUACUCCUGCUACGAGACUUGGCCCGAGCCGCAGAUGCGGAAAGUGUACACUACAGUCCUGUUUGCCUUCAUAUACCUCAUUCCCCUGGUUCUGAUCGUCCUGAUGUACGGCCGCAUCGGUGCCAAGCUCUACUCGACCACCGUCCUGGUCAGCGUGGACCAGACUGACUCCGUGCCUCAGCGGAAGUCGCCGAUAUCACAGAGGAAGAUUAAAGUGAUCAAGAUGCUGUUUGUUGUGGCCCUUCUCUUUAUGGUCUCUUGGCUGCCCCUGUGGACUCUGAUGCUGCUGACCGAUUAUGCACGGCCCGAGGGUGAGCUUCUGGAGGUGCUGACAGGCUACAUCUUCCCUUUCUCUCACUGGCUGGCCUUCUCCAACUCCAGCGUUAACCCCAUCGUUUACGGCUACUUCAACGAGAACUUCAAGAGGGGUUUUCGGGCCGCCUGCAAGCGGGGCACCUGCUGCUGCAGCCGGCAGCUCUCGCUGCUCCGGUUCGGGACGGCCCGCAGUGGCCCCAAGGCUCGCGCACACCUAGAUAAGGCGCUCAGUGCCAACCCGCUCAGUUUGGGGGUAAGGAACAGGGUCUACACGGACAGCGACCUGACGGGUUGCGUGCAUCUCGAGAUGGAGCACCGGGGGCUGCCUGCGGAGAAGGGAAACUCCAGCAUGGAAGGUGGCAACGGAGCGGCCGAAAUCAAAAGAGAACUUCUAGAAGACACUGAAAGGAUCUCUCCUACAGGAACUACUGUUUACCAGGCAUGGGAACAUUGA